GACGUUAAAAAGUGAAAAAUCGCUGCGGAAAAGGGACAAAUAAAAGGAAGAAAGCCCAAAGCAAAUCCAAACGCAGAACAACGGCGGCAAAUCCCUUUUUGCCCACGACCCAAGGCCAAAUGCAAUAAGCUGCAGCCGCACACAACAAAAACAACGUAAACAAAGCGCAGUCUAAGCCAUCAAACAGCCCUCGCACACACACACACACACAGCACCAGAGAGAUUGUUGUUGUUGUUUUUUUGGAAACAGCCGCCAGAAUUGCUUUCUUGUACUUUGGACACACGUGCGCUGCGGCUGCGCCGUUGCCGUUGCCGUUGUCGUGCCCCUUGCCCGUGUCCUUGCCAUCGUCAGCUGCCGCGCCCCUGGCAACGGCAUCGACAAUGAAGCUGUCAAAACUGUCCAACCAGACGAACUCGCAGGAUCCGCAGGCGGUUAACUCGCGCAUCUUUGUGGGCAAUCUGAAUACAUUUCAGUGCUCCAAAACGGAUGUGGAGCGCAUGUUUCAGAUCUAUGGCCGCUUGGCAGGCAUCUCGAUGCACAAGGGCUACGCCUUUGUGCAGUUCACCAAUCCCUUCGACGCCCGCAACGCCUGUCACGGCGAGGACGGCAAGACGGUGCUCAGCCAGACCCUAGAUGUCAACAUGGUGGCCGAGCCGAAGGCGCAUCAAAUUGGCAGAAAGCGUCAGAAUGUCAGCAAAACGGGCAACGAUUGGGACUACUUCUAUGACAGCUAUUGCUCGUCGGCGCUGCUGCGCGGCGGCGGCGGAGGCGGCGGCAAUGUCAACGGCGUGCGUGCCAAGAAGCGCAAGCGCUUGAUGACCAACAACAAUGGCCUAACGGCUGCCGUGCAGCAGCAGCAGCACAGCCAGCAUCAUCACAACGCUGCGGCAGUGGCCGCUGCAGCAGCAGCUGCCGCGGUGCAUCACCAGCAGCAGGCGGUACAGCAGCAGCAGCAGGUGCAGCAGCAACACCAGCAACAGCAGCAGCAACAGCAGCAGCAGCAGCAACAGCAGCAGCAACAUCAUCAUCAUCAUCAGCAGCAAGUUGCUGCUGUUGCCAUGGCGGCGAUGGCCAAUUUGUUGCCACAGCAGCAGCUGUUGCUGCAUCAGCAAAAUUUGCUAUCGACUGCUGCAGCGGCGGCGGCAGCAACAACAGCAGCGCCCGGUGCACUGCACUGGUCACAAUACAAACAGGACCCACAGCAACAGCAACAGCAACAACAUCAACAGCAACAACAGCAGCAACAACAACAGCAACAGCAACAACAGCAGCAACAGCAAUUUGUUGCCGCUGCCACAGGUUUCCAGUUGAAGAGCGUUAUUGCCGGGCAGUCAACGACUUCGCCACAGAAUGCAAAGUCAGCAAUAAUUGCUAAUCAAACAGCGCUCGUGGAGCAGUACGGUGCCUUUUCCCAACAGCCGUCGCAUCACCAGCAACAACAACAGCAACAGCAGCAGCAGCAACAACAACAGCAACAAUUGGGCUGCCUGCUGCAGCCAUUGACUUUGGCAUUGUCCCCACAGCAACCGCAGCCGCUACAAUUGCACAGUCAAAUGAUGCAGCAACAGCAACAGCAUCAACAACAGCACCAGCACCAGCAACACCAACAACAACAGCAUCAGCAUCUACAACAGCAUCAACAUCAGCAUCAACAGCAGCAGCAGCAGCCGCACCACCAGCAGCAGCAGCAACAGCAGCAGCAACAUGCACAGGAGCAAUUAAGCUUGCAUCAACACUGGGGACCAUUCAAAGUCUACAGCAAUCCGGACACAUUAAUCUGCGGCAACUGCCGGGAAUGCUUCAGUGAGCUGUCUGAGUUAUUGGACCACAAGAAAAGUUACUGCAAGCUGAGGUUCACAUGCAAGUGCCAGGACGUGGCCUUUGCAGCGAAGACGCCGCCAACGGGCGCCAAAUUGCUUUGCGCCGUUUGCAAGGAUGCGUUCGCCAAUCCCUGGGACUUGAUGGUCCACGCACAGGCCGCACACAUGGUUAACAUUUACGAGCUGGGCGAUGAGGUCACCAAUUCGACCAACGGCAAUCGCAGCCCCAACAACGGCAAUGUCAGCGAUGCGACCAAUGGACAUGCUGCUGCCGCUGCUGCCGUUGUUGCAGCUGCAACUGUUGUUGCCGAUGAUGAGGCAACAGCCAUAACAAAGCACAUGCCAACGUCAGCAACACUUAACAAGGAGCCAAAUAACAAUAACAAAAUUAGCAACAAUAACAACAACAACAACAGCACAAACAUCAACAACAACAUCAAUGGGCACAGCUCACCCAUAGCCCACAGCAACAACAACAACAAUAGCGGCAGCAAUAUUGCUGCUGCAACUGCCAUGGAUGUUGCUGCUGAUGCUGACAUUGACGCCGACGCUGCUGCUGCUGCUGCCGCUGCCGCUGCUGGCGUCGCAGCUGUGGUCGCUAACGAUGGGCACGUCAGCGGCAGCGAUACGGAGACCCAUUGCAUGGACAGCGGCCUCUGUGCCAGUCCCAAGGAGGAUCAGCAGCGCGAUGAUCUGUCGCUGGACGGACGGCUGUCCAGCAGCUCGCAGACCCAUCACUCCGAUGACCUCAAUGUGAAUAUCAAGCUGAUUAACGGUUCCGUGUCCUCGCGCGGCAGCUCACCCGGCCUGGAGUCGGAUGAGCCGCCGGCAACGCGCGCCUGCAUUGUGCGCACCCUGAGCAUUGAGGCUGCUGCUGCUCCAGCCACGCCCACUGCGAACGCCCUGAGCCUGAUGUCGAAUGGGCUCAGCUUGGCGCUGGCUCCGCAAUAAGUCGAGUCUCGGCGAUCAACUGGACUAAAGCAGAAUCAAAAGCGUGGCAAGGGAAAGGUCUAAAGAAGAGAAUCUAGCUAUUAAGAAUGUUUUAAGAAAGAGGAAGAGAGAAGUGUUUGAAGAGUAUUAAAAAUACUCGAAUGGCUUUUGGCUUGUGUUUAUUGGGAUAUGUAAUCGUGAGUGCGAUGCAAGUGCAAUUUAUUCAGUAUUUUUGUACUAGAGACUUAAACUGAACAAAGUUUAAACAGAAUAAAUAAAUAAAUACAUAUAAAGUUGAAAACGAAAUGAACGUAAAUUACAACAAACAUAUCAUUUUAACUAGGCAACUAGGUAUUACAGUAGCUAUAACAAAUAUAACUAAUUAAAUAAUGUACUAUAUAUAUAAAGAUAUACAUAUAUCGCUUAUCGUGUCUGUAAUUUGUUUUGCUUAGCAUAUUUUUGGGUUUCAAAACUGCAUAUGAGAACAUAUAGGUAAAAGAAAAAGGUAAAGAAAGGUCACACAGCAAAAAAACAGUCCUUAAAAGAGAGCUUUGUAUAUAGAUAAAAGAUAACCGAUAGCCGAUAGCCGAUAACCGAUAACAGCUAACAGUUAAAGGAAACGUAAUUACUCAAUUAUAUAUUAGCUGACAGAAACAACCCGAAAACUUAUAUUUUAUAUAUGAAAACAUAAUUAAACUAAUACUUAUUGCAUACAUACAUACAUCUAUACUUAACAAGCCAACCAAUAUUAUUAUUCAAAAUACGUACCAUGUGUAUCAAAUGUAGUAUAGUGAAAAAAGCAAAACAGGUGUUUCAUAAACAAGAAAAGAAAAACGAGAACCCA